AUGGCACGCCUGAGCUUCCUGCUCGUCGGUGCCCUCACAGCCCUCAGCGGAUUCGCCAACGCAAGCUCCGCAGUGAAAGACCUGAUCCCCUCCAACUUCGACGAUGUCGUCCUCAAGUCCGGCAAGCCCGCACUAGUCGAAUUCUUUGCUCCCUGGUGUGGCCACUGCAAGACCCUUGCUCCAGUCUACGAGGAGCUCGCCCAAACCUUUGCCUCCGCCGAGGACAAGGUUACCAUUGCCAAGGUCGACGCCGAUGAGAACCGCUCGCUGGGCAAGCGCUUCGGCGUCCAGGGAUUCCCCACUAUCAAGUGGUUCGAUGGCAAGAGUGACAAGCCCGAGGAGUACAAGGGCGGCCGUGAUAUCGACAGUCUCUCCGCCUUCAUCACCGAGAAGACCGGCGUCAAGCCCCGUUCCGCACAGAAAGAGCCCAGCAACGUUGAGUACUUGAACGAUGUUUCUUUCAAGACUACCGUUGGCAGCGACAAGGAUGUCCUGGUCGCUUUUACCGCCCCGUGGUGUGGACACUGCAAGAGCCUCGCUCCUACUUGGGAAUCCCUCGCCAAUGACUACGUCCGCGAAUCCAACGUCGUUAUCGCCAAGGUCGAUGCCGAAGCCGAGAAUUCCCGUGCCUUGACCAAGGAGCAGGGCGUCACCGGAUACCCUACCAUCAAGUUCUUCCCCAAGGGCUCCACCGAGGCCGAGGACUACUCCGGUGCUCGCUCCGAAGAUGCCUUUGUCAAGUUCAUUAACCAGAAGGCCGGUACCCACCGUACUCCCGGUGGUGGUCUCGAUGCCGCUGCCGGUACCAUCGCCGUUCUGGACAAGAUUGUUUCCGAGCACGUCGCCGCUCAGAAGCUCGACAAGCUCGCCGUCGAGGUCAAGAAGGCCGCCAAGGGCCUUGAAGACAAGUACGCCGAGUACUAUGUCAAGGCCGCCGACAAGCUGAGCAAGAAUGGAGAAUACGCUGUCAAGGAGGUGACUCGUCUCCAGAAGAUUUUGGCCAAGGGUGGCUCUGCCCCUGAGAAGCUGGAUGAUAUUGUCUCCCGUAGCAACAUCCUCAGUCGCUUUGUUGGCGAUGUGAAGCAUGAUGAGCUUUAA